AUGCCAGAAUUUCGUCGUCUUGUUUGCGAGGUGGUUGGAGUUGGGGGUCGAAGUUGCCCGAUCAAUGCCAGACACACCUUCCACUCAACAUUCGGCAACAACUACGAGCGUCAAGGCCUGAUUACCAGGUGCCUACUUCCUCGUGCAGAGGCAGCCAGCACUCGGCUCAACCAGGUACCUGAGAAGCACGGAUCCCUUGCAGCACUAGCACCUGCCGACACCUCGGCGAGCUAUCGAUGCCUGAGAUUGAAUAACCGGAAGCAGCAUCAUCGGUGCUCGAGAAAUGGGAUGAACUAUGAGGUGAAAGUUGUCGCCCUGCCCUACAUGGUAGCUUGUCACAGCCGUUACUUACCGCCAACUAUUCAACUUCGUGACACGCUUAUCCUUACUCCCGUCCUUGAAAACGACUACAUCCUAUCUUCCGAAAAGGCCUCACUUACUCGCCCCAACACCCAUUACAAGCCGGACAUAUAG